GGGGCCCAGUUUGGUGCCUUAGCCCCAAGCCCAUCCUUCCUCUCCUGGGUUAAAAUGAAGCCUGUACAAAAAGCACCGUUCUGAACCGGAACUGAACAGCUAAUCUAAAUGGCAGCAAAACGAAUGGGAUUUUGAACAAAGAUUAUCCGGAUCCUGGGGCUCGAAGCAUUUUGUUUCUGGUCAUUGGUCAAGCGCUUAGGAAAGCUUACUGGCUCUGAAUGCAUCUGUUCUGGGCCACUCCAGCGCAUCUAGCCCUCGUGGGCUGUUGGGAAUCUUAAAAUCCCCGUCUUUCCAAUUACCCUUAUGCUUUGUUUCCAGCAUGGAAACCGCUGCUGCAGUCUCAGGAACCAUGAGACAGGAGCGCUUUCCGCUGCCCCAAGCCCCGGAGCCUGGCCUUUCCCUGGGAUAAAGCCCCCAUCUCUAACCCUAGCAGUGGGGGAGAUCUGCUGCAGCAGUCACCUGACUAUAGAAACCGGGUGCAAGACAGCAAUCGGCAUGAUGUGAUUUUGAGCGUCUCUAGCGUAUGGGGACCUCUCAGAGAUAGUCAUGAAUCCUCUGUCCUGGGAAUAAACGAUUAACAGUGGGGGAGGGACAGGCCAAGCCGCCCCUGCUUCAAAUCAGAUGCAUCUGUUCUGAGAGUCUCUUUUUGUGUCACUUUCACCCUAUCACCUUUCAGUACCUCGGCCCAGUGCUGGCAACUAGCCCUGCUGCUUUGGGAAAAAUUGGACCUGAAAUGUCAGCUCAGAAGAGCCCCACGUGUUCCCAUGCCCUCCCCUCCGUAGGCAGUACUGACACAAGUGCUGUAUUUCAAGUGCGGUUCUGACCCACGCAGGGAUGAAAGGGCACUCCAGUGCCAGGCCACGGAGGGGGGGAAGCAUACAGCAAAUGGGUGAUCUGCUGCUAGGCUGUAAAAUACAGACUGCCUCCUUUCCAGGCCCUCCACCCAGUGACCCUGAGCCAGCAAAAUGUUAAAGGUCUUGUUUUUCCCAGUAAUGAAAUGAUCCCUACUAACGACCUAUUCUGCAAACGCCCUCUGCUUCCAAAGUUGGUGCUGCACUCGUCCAGGGAGAAGGUUCAAACCCAGCCAGAUCCCACCAGAAAUAGAUGCGUUUUUCCAUUCCCCUAAUCUCUGUUGCAGUUUGGAUGUUGGCAAGAGAGAACUGAGCCCGAGUGCUGGGCCCUAGUGAAUUUCUCUGUCUCCGUGUGUCCUCCUGCUGCUCAUCGCCAUGGUGUCUCACCACCUACCAUGAGGAUAUCAGCCAGAAGAACUCAGACUGCAGCGGCACUUACACCUUCAUCCCCUACGUGGUGACGGCCCAGAACAAAGUCCUGUGCUGCGACGCCAGCACCAUGAAGUGCCUGACCGAGCUCUUCCAGCCCAGCUUCAACGUGGAGGCCUUCUUCACCCCCCUGGUGGGGCGUCUCACCAAGCUGCUGGAGGGCACCCCCACCAGCUCCUGCGGCUAUUUCCGGGAGACGAUCCGCCGGGACAUCCGCAAGGCCCGGGAGAUGUACAGCGGGGAGCAGCUGAGCCGGGAGCUGGCCAACAUCCAGCAGCGUCUGGACAGCGUGGAGCUCCUCAGCCUGGACAUCGUCAUGAACCUUCUCCUGUCCUAUCGGGAUGUGCAGGACUACGACGCCAUCAUCAGGCUGGUGGAGACGCUGCAGGCCCUGCCCACCUGCGACGUGGCCGAACAGCACAACAUCCGCUUCCAGUACACCUUCGCCCUCGAAAGGCGGAACCAGCCCGGGGACCGGGAGAAGGCUCUCUCCGUGCUCCUGCCGGUGGUUGAGAGGCGAGAAGGAGCGGCGCCCGACCUGUACUGCAUGUGUGGCCGCAUUUACAAGGACAUGUUCAUCGGCUCCGGCUUCACGGACACGGAGAAAAGGGACCAGGCCUUUUACUGGUACAGCAAAGCCUUUGACACGGAGCCGAGCCUCCACUCUGGGAUUAACUCUGCCGUCCUGCUCAUAGCAGCCGGGCACCAGUUCGAAACCUCCGUGCAGCUCCGGCAAAUAGGCGUCAAGCUGAGCUGUCUGCUGAGCAAUAAGGGCAGCGUGGAAAAGAUGCAGUAUUACUGGGACGUGGGCUUCUACCUGGGCGCCUGGAUCCUGGCCAACGACGUGGGCAAAGUCAUCCGGGCCUCGGAGAAGCUCUACAAGCUCAAUGCCCCCGUCUGGUACCUGGCCUCCGUCAUGGAGACCUUCCUCUUGUACAAACACUUCAAGACCUGCCCAGAGACCAAGACGCCCAAGCAGGAGCAGGCUGACUUCUGGAUGGGCUUCCUGCUGGCGUCCUGCCAGCCCUUCGUCUCCACGGAGCGCUGCCCGGUGCUGAUUCUGGAGCUGAACAAAGUCCUGCAGCCAGCCCAGCUGACGGUGUGCAAUUGCGAGGCUGAAAAGUCGGUGACGGUGUGCCACAUCUGCCCCCCGGAGGAGAGAGGGAUCUCCAGCUGGACCUUUCCGGCUUCCUCCAUCCGUGGAAUCAGCAUCUCCAAGUGUGACGAGCGCUGCUGCUUCCUGUAUGUGCUGCACACGGCCGAGGACUUCCAGCUGUACUUCCCCACCCAGCACCACUGCCAAUGGUUCUGCAAGCUGAUUCACUCCUUCGUGGCCGAGCUGGCGGUGGGGGGCGAGGAGGCGGGCGACGGCCUGGAUGAGGACCUGGAGUACGACUACGAAUACACAGAGACGGGUGACAGGGUGAUCCUGGGCAAGGGGACCUACGGGGUCGUCUACGCCGGGCGGGACCUCAGCAACCAGGUGCGCAUCGCCAUCAAGGAGAUCCCGGAGCGGGACAGCAGGUACUCGCAGCCCCUGCACGAGGAGAUCGCCCUGCACAAGCGCCUGCGGCACCGGAACAUCGUCCAGUACCUGGGCUCCAUCAGCCAGGACGGCUUCAUCAAGAUCUUCAUGGAGGAGGUGCCGGGAGGGAGCCUCUCGUCCCUCCUGCGCUCCAAGUGGGGCCCCCUGAAGGACAACGAGCCCACCAUCGUGUUCUACACCAAGCAGAUCCUGGAGGGCCUGCGCUACCUGCACGACAACCAGAUCGUCCACCGGGACAUCAAGGGAGACAACGUUCUUAUCAACACCUACAGCGGGGUGCUGAAGAUCUCUGACUUCGGGACCUCCAAGAGGCUGGCUGGGAUGAGCCCCUGCGCCGAGACCUUCACAGGCACCCUGCAGUAUAUGGCCCCGGAGAUCAUUGACCAGGGCCCCCGAGGCUACGGGAAGCCGGCCGAUAUCUGGUCCCUGGGCUGCACCAUCAUCGAGAUGGCCACGGGCAACCCCCCGUUCUAUGAGCUAGGCAGCCCGCAGGCCGCCAUGUUCAAGGUGGGCAUGUUCAAGAUGCACCCCGAGGUGCCCGACUCCAUGUCGGGGGCAGCCAAGGCCUUCAUUCUCCGGUGCUUCGAGGUGGAUCCGGAUCAGCGGGCACCCGCUGCAGCCCUGCUCCAGGAGCCCUUCCUGACAGCCCCCAGCAGGAAGAAAACCAGGAACCAGGCCGUGCCAGCAUCGGAGGGAGGCACACUGGGGGCGGCCAGCUCUCCUGCCCCUGCAGCAGAGGGGGCCAGCGAGGCCAGGAACCCCUCCUUGCCCUUCCAGGCCCCCAGGACAGCUGCCAAGGCAGACAGCAGCUUGCCAGCCCACAUCUCCAGCGAGGUGACCCAGAGACGCAGCUACCAGGGGGCUGCCGGGGAGUCGGCUGGUUUGGAUUGCAGCAGCUCCCCCGCCCCCGAGGAGAGCGGGGGCAUGUUCCUGCUGAAGAAAGACAGCGAGCGCAGGGCCACCCUGCACCAGAUCCUGACGGAGGAGCAGCCCAGCAUCGUGGCCGCCUUGGAGGAGGCCCAGAGCCAGAGCUGGGACAGAGGGAGGCUGUCCUCGGAGCACAUCGCCCAGCUGGUGUCCUGCCUCAAGAGCUACAUCCGCUCCCCCAGCCGCCGGCAGCUCAGCCAGGACCUGCUGGGGCUCCAGGCCCCGCUGCAGGCGGAGGGCCUAAGCCUUCGCCACGUGCAGGUGCCACUCUUCAGCUUCCAGGACACGGUGAAGCAGCUCCUACGGCAGCACCAGAUCAAGCCGCACUGGAUGUUCGCCCUGGAUAACCUCAUGGGCCAGGCCGUGCAGGCAGCUUUCACCAUCCUCGUGACAGAACUCCGGGUGAAGCCGCCGCAUCUCCUGGGCAAAGAGGGCAGCGAAGAGGAGGUGGAGGAAGAUCCAGAGGUGCAGGGAGCGCCUCCUCCCCCGAGCCAGCCCAGCGGGGGGAGGGGCAGCGUGGAGACCCCAAGUUCUGGCGUUGGCAGCGGCACCAGCACCGAGCUGGGCUUCUGUACUGCCCCGGCGGACUCCCUGCCACUCCUGCUGCAGCUCAGCCGCCUCCGCGCGGAGACGGGCAGGCUGCUGGAGGCGUUGCUGGAGAAGGAGCGAGAGUGGCACAGGCAGCUGCAGAGGGUGCUCCAGGCCGCGGAGCAGGAGGCCAGGGCUCUGCAGGGAUCCAAGCCCCUAGCCUUGGCCGCGCACCCCCGGGAGCCCCGGCAGGGGGCGGUGGACGCCCUCCUCGUUGACUGGUUACAGAGCCACGGAGCGGAUGAGGAUGCGACCACGACGUUCCUGCAGCACGGCUUCACCCUGCCCGACCUGCUGACCUGCGCCACCCGCGACGACCUGCUCUACACCGGCAUCAGAGGGGGGCUGGUGUGCAGGCUAUGGGGAGCCAUCCAGGAGCACCGGAAAUCCCUCGCCAAGCAGGCACAGCGGGAAGCCGAGUGAGAGACGGGGCAGCCGCAGCCUCCCCUGCGGCAUCGGCCUCCCCGUGCCGUAACGAGCGCCCGCACUCAGCCAGAGCUGACCGCCGCCUCGCCGCCUUCACGCCCUACCAACCAGCCACGCCGCCUCUGCCCUCGAGCUGGCAGAUGGCUCCUACCAUCGCUCUGCUGGGCACCAUGGCCCAGAGCAGCCUCACGCCCACUGCCCUGCUUGACCCUGGGUCCCAGAGGCGUAGCGAGCGCCCUCCAUACCCUCCGACCGGAGGGGGCCCCGCAAGGAAGGGGGCCCCUAAAAGUGGCAAAAUAAAUACUGCAUUCCAGUUUCUGCAUUGGAAGGGGCCCCCCUCGGACAUAUGUUCGGAGGGGGCCACAUUCUUUGUUGCUACGGCCCUGCUGGGCCCGCAUCUCGUAGCAAGGGGGAGAGUGGGGCCAUUUGCUGAGGGACGGCUGCCGCCCUGCCCAUCGCACCCAUGUGACCCCCCCAGCACUGGCUGGCGAAGGAGGUGCCCACGCUGCUGCCUUGGCAGGAGAGAGAGGAGGCUGCUGCAGCAGGACAGUGGGGCUUUGCUGGUGAAACUAAGGGGACCGCAGGGGCCUCGGCCUCCCCCCCACCGUGACUGUAAACUCCAGCAAUAAACAGCCUCCCAGCUGUG